AUGCCGGAGCGGGGCGGUGGCGCUGGCGGUGGCGGUGGCAGCAGCGGCUCGGACCGCGCUGCGCUGGCCCUGGCCCGGCUCUCCGAGUGGGCGGACGCGCACCUGGGGCUGCUGCGGGGCCUGAUCGCCGGCGCGGCCGUGGCCGGGGUGCUGCUGCUGGCGCGGAGCUACCGUGUGACAACAAAGUUCAUAAAUCCUUUGGAUAUACCUGUGGAGUUUGUAGAAAAGAAUGUGAAACUGAGAGGGAAAUUACAUCACAUCACAGAGAAGGGCCUGGAAGUUGAGCACAUUCCCAUCAGCAUUCCUUUCAUCACAGCCAUCCAGAAAAAAUGGCAGCCAGAGGGGCUCCUGCUGAUCCGCCUGGCCGGGCUGGAGCUGGCUCCAGGUGCCACAGCCUGGCUGCAGAGGGAGCUGCUCCCCAAACAGCCCCUGUGGUUCCAGCUCCUGGCGAGGGACAGCUCGGCCCUGGACUGCCUCGUUCUGGUCCAUAAGGGUGGAUUUCUCAGCACGUGCUUGAACGAAGAGCUCUUGAGCCAAGGGCUGGCCAGGGCAGCCCGGAUUGAGGGGCUGCCCCACCACUCCCACCUCUACUGGAAACUGCACAAAAGGUUCCUCCGGGCUGAGUUAAAGGCUGUGAAGAAAAAUAAAGGCAUAUGGAAAGACCAGAGCUACUCUGAAACACUCCAGGAGCGUAUAAACAGCAAUAAAUUCCUGCAGAGGCUGAAGCAGUUUGUGAGCUGGGUUAGAAGCUCUAGUGAGAGGUGAAAAGGUGGGGAGUGCAGUUCCCCAAGUUGUGUUGUGAUCACAAACAGUGCUGUGAUGUUGAGGGUCCC